AUGUCGGCCAGUACGGAAGCAAGUGCAGUUAUAGAGCUUUUUAAAAGAAAAUCAAUAUUUAUUACUGGUGCAACAGGAUUUAUUGGCAAACAACUUGUGGAAAAACUUGUUCGAUCAUGUCCAGAUGUCGAACAUAUUUAUCUUCUUGUACGACCAAAACGUGGUCAUGCUGUUAACGAUCGAUUAAAAGAAUUAUUAUCAAGUCCUUUAUUCAAUACAGUUCGAGAAAUUCAUCCAAAUUUCGAAGAAAAAAUUAGUGCUUUACAAGGUGACAUACUCGAUCCAAAUUUUGGUCUUGCUCCAGCAGAUGAAAAUCUUUUAAUUGAACAAUGUCAAAUUGUAUUUCAUUCAGCAGCAACUGUUCGAUUUCAAGAACCACUUCGACUUGCAAUACAAAUGAAUGUUGCAUCUGUAAAAAAAUUACUUUGUUUAUGUCAUAAAAUGAAAAAAUUACAAUCUGUUGUUCAUGUAUCUACAGCUUAUGCAAAUUGUAAUCGUAAUGAUGUUGCUGAAAUGAUUUAUCCACCACCAAUUCAACCAACCAAAUUAUUAGAAGCUAGUGAAUGGAUGGAUGAUCAAGUAUUUGAUGUAUUAACAAAUAAAAUUAUUCAUGAUAGACCUAAUACAUAUACAUUUACAAAAGCACUUGCAGAAUAUAUAAUUUCACAAGAAGCAAAAGAUCUACCGUUAGCAAUUAUACGACCAUCAAUUGUUGGCUCAUCAUGGCGUGAACCAAUACCAGGUUGGGUUGAUAAUUAUAAUGGUCCAAGUGGAUUAGUUGUAGCGGCCGGUAAAGGAAUGCUUCGAACAAUGUUAGGUAGUAAUAAUGCAAUAGCCGAUAUUGUUCCGGUCGAUAUUUGUGUAAACAUGAUGAUUGCUAUUGCUUGGUAUACGGCUGUAAAACAUCCAAAAAAUAUUCCAGUUUAUCAUUGUUGUACUGGUCAUUUGGGCACAUUAACAUGGGGUAAAGUAGCUGAGUAUGGUUUAUAUCAUCUUUCUACAAACAGUUUGGAAAAUGCUAUUUCAUAUCCAUAUUUACAAUUCACUGAAAAUCGAUUUCGAUAUCAUUAUCUUCGAGUUUUGCAAGAAUUAGUUCCUGCAUUUGUUCUCGAUUGUUAUAUGCGUUUAGUUGGACGUAAACCCAUUUUUAUAAAAUUAUCUGAAAGAAUUUAUAAAAGUGUUCGCACACUUGAUUUUUUUACUUCACAUUCAUGGUUAUUUCCAAAUGAUAAUAGUGUGCUUUUACAAAAUGAAAUGAACGAUAUUGAUCAAAAAAUAUUUGGUUUUGAUCUCAAAGAUCUUGAUUGGUUUCAAUAUUGGCGUAAUUAUUGUUUGGGUGCAAAACAAUAUUUACUUCGUGAAGAUCUUUCUCGUACAUCAAAAUGUUAUAAACGAUAUAUAAGAUUAAGACGUUUACAAAAUCUUCUAUAUUUUACGGCAAUAGCAUUGGUUAUCAAAUUAGUCUUUUUUAAGUCAUUUAAAUUUCGUCGAAUAUUUAUCAUUCUUUUUCGAUUAAUUAUCGUCGGACUUUCAGCAAUAAUAAAAAAGAUUGGCCUUCGAAGAGAAUGA